CCUGCCAAAAUUGAAGAUCUUACAUGAUCUUAGAAACUUUUUAUGAAAGUCAAAUUACAUGCGAAUAUAAUACGUAUCGGAGCGUUUGCGGUGUGUUUCAUCAAGGAUCAAAUUAACUGUUAUUCCAAACAGAAAUGCUUGUCAACGCCAUUUAAACACGCGUACCUACGGUUCAAGUAAUUAUUUCCAUCGGUUGAACAAGUUGUUGCCAGCAGCGAGUUUCCGUUCCGACAGUUCUCUUUGUGCUACGGUUGCUGGCAACGAAAUUUUACUCGUUCACGCUCAAGAAUAUUCAUUUUAAAUGAAAUCGUUCAAAGAAAUUCUAUCUAUCGGGCUUUUCAUUUCGCUCCUGGCAAAGAUUUAUACAACUUUUGCGCAACAAUGUUUCGACGAUGGCAAUGAAUUUUGUAUCGACGAGAACGACAUACUUUCGAUAGAUCUGUUGCCUGGAUCCUUUUUAUUCGCCGAUCAACAAGUGAGUGAUAACAGAACGAAAGGUUCCGAAGAUGCAAUAACGGUAGAUGGAUCCAUCGACAACGCUCUAAGUGAAAUGGAAUAUCAUAGGAAAAGGAUGAACGAAUACUUGUGCCACGGCUACAUGGCCGAGGAAAUAGUGAAGAUAAUGAGAGCGCCUAGAGCCAAAAGACGUCUCGAUGUGGCAGAAAGAAACGAUCUGUAUAAUUUAAUGGACAAUGACAAUAUCACUAUACACGAUAAAUUGUUAGCGGACGAAGGAAGUUCAAAGUACAAAAGUUGGUUACAACGAAGGACAACUUUGGACGAUGUAUAUCGGCAUUAUGCUCCGCAAAAGAAGAUAAAGAAGAAGCAUGGAGCUCACAACGAAAAUUUCGAAGAGUUCGAUGGAGAAGUCACGGGUUAUGCGAUGCAAGCUCCUCUACCUUCUGGUAAAGUUGGCUUCUUCGAUGAACAGAACGAGGAAAAUGAUCAUAUGCUUUCAUCCUCGUCGGGGCACAAUAUAUUUUAUGGUCCCGCUUACGGUCCCGCUUACGGUCCCGCUUACGGUCACGGUGGUGAUCAUUUCUUGCAUCACACCGAAACUUUUCCCGCUAUACACGAGGAACAUUAUUACGCCGCUCCGAUUUAUCACGAUCACGAGGAGGAGUACCACAAGCCUUACUACAAAGGAAAGGGAAACGAACUUUCGAUAAAAGACUUCUUCGAAAUUGCCCUUACAGCUCUGGCGUUUCUAGCUUUUGGAUUAUUCAUUAUACAACUAUUAAUGAACGCUACGACCAACAUGAAUACAACCAUAGCCACGGUGACGAACACGGCGAAACGUCUGAGAAGGAAUGCAGUCGAUGGGUUACCUUUAUCGUACGCUAGCCACGAAGAAUUGAACGAAUUAUCUCACAACGUUCUGAGAAGCAUCGAGGCUGCUCUUGUUGCCGAUAUGGAUUUUGGAAAUUGCAUUCGCAAAAUACUUUGCGAGAAUAAUCGACGCUCCGCACAAACCGAAGAUGCGCGUAAAAUCUGGAUGCCUGUAUGGAGUCUAGGAAUGAGUUGGGUGUCCGGCAGGGUGCUGAAAACAUCUACAUGGUCGGCAAUGUUGGAUUCUAUAAAAGCUUCUGUUCUUGGCCUAGGUGGAGCCGACUGUACACUCUUGUAUCCUGACUGCGAUCUCAAAAAGGAAAGGAUCAAGCGACGCAGAAGACGCAGAAAGUAA